UUUGGCACUGAGUUAUUGCUAUUUACAACUUUUGAGGUGUAUUUUUCAGGCCAGCAAAGAUCAAGAAUACUCGCAAACCUGUUCAAAGAUGAGCGCUGUCAACAGUUGCCAGCCUAUGGGAUUUUAGAGAAAAUGUAUUUGGACAGGAUAAUUCGUGGCCCAGAGCUUCAUGAAUUUGCCGCUAUGUUGAUGCCACAUCAAAAGGCAACUACUGCAGAUGGUUCCAGUAUCCUUGACAGGGCAGUGAUUGAGCAUAAUUUACUCUCUGCCAGUAAGCUCUACAACAACAUCACCUUUGAAGAGCUUGGAGCUUUGUUAGAGAUACCACCUCCCAAGGCAGAGAGGAUUGCAUCACAGAUGAUUUCUGAGGGACGUAUGUCUGGUUCGAUAGAUCAGAUUGAUGGAGUUGUACAUUUUGAAACUCAAGAGGUGCUUCCCUCGUGGGACAGGCAAGUCCAAAACCUGUGUUUCCAAGUCAACAAUGUGAUUGAAAAGAUCAACAGCCACGCACCAGAGUGGGCAGCUAAGUACACCGAAUCACAAAUGACAUCUUGAAGAACAUCCAGGGUAAUUGAGACUGUAAAUAAAGCAUAAGAAGCGUGCAUUAAUUGGUGGACCAAACCUGAACAAUGCACGUGAACCGGAUAUCAGUAAUGUUCUCUCCAUUCCUCCACGUCCACCGUGUGAAGAAGAUUUAACUGGUAACGAGGAAGUUUAUGUAAUUGUGCGGAGAAAACGGACACAUCUUGAAAUUCUUUAAUAAACGUACUGCUAUGAUGAAAAAUUCUUACUGCUGUAAAGUACAGUGGUGUUAAUCUUUGGGUGGAACUUUUUUCCCCAUCAUGUAGCCGUCUGGUGAGCCUUGUGUUUUUGGAUAUGAUCCAGUGGCUCUCUUCUGUAAUGAAGCAGCCAUAUUGACUCUCGGCUUUUCUGUCUCCACUUUUCGCCGUGCAACGUUAUUGGCUUCUAUUUCAUUACAGAGAUUCCCGGAUUCCCAGUGGCGCAACUGUUAAAAUAUCUUUGAAACGUUAAUGAAAUAAAAUGUGAAUUUUGUGUUUGUUGAGA